GAUUACGCGUUUCCUCCUACUUGGAUGGGGACACUAGCACAAUUAGGGAUUUGACAAGGGCAUGCUACAUUGUCAUUUAACUUCGAAAGGUAAACACAAAUGCAUUUUCCCCCUGAAGACUCGAGUCACGAGUGAAGCUAUUUACACAGGACGAGGAGGAGAGUUGAGACACCGGUGACCCUCGUUGCACGGGCACACACGCAUUAAUACGUUACAACGGCUUCAUCCGACAUUUUAACCGACUCUUGGCGCACUGGCCUGUCACGCACAAACUAACAAAUCUUUUCUAGAUUUUUCACCAAGGUGCGACAUUUUUAAAGUGUCUUAACUGAAAACUUGCCGAACUCGCGUGGCGUGGUUGUUGGAGCAGGCUGACUCCGCACACUCAGGUUUUAAAGUUUCGGAGUGGACCAACCCAACCUGAGCAGGCAGCAGAAGGCCUGGCAUCUCCGCCUGCGUCUCUCCAUCGAGGUGGUCAGAGCGCGAGACACAAUGGAGGAACUAGCGCGAGAGAGCAUUCGCAGUAUCAGUUUAUUAUACAAACCAGCGCGAGGAUCGGAAGCCCCACGGCUGGGCUCGUGCGGGGCCGUUUUCAUCAUGCUCAAGUCGGCGCUCGGCGCGGGACUCCUCAAUUUCCCCUGGGCUUUUGAGAAAGCGGGUGGCGUGAACAGAGCUAUAACUGUGGAACUGGUGUCUCUGAUCUUUCUGAUCAGUGGUUUGGUGAUUCUGGGAUACGCAUCGUCUAUUAGUCGACAGAACUCCUACCAUGAAGUGGUGAGAGACGUGUGCGGGCGCAGGAUUGGCCAACUCUGUCAGAUCUGCUUUGUCUUCAAUCUCUUCAUGAUCUCUGUUGCAUUCCUCGUGGUGGUGCAGGACCAGUUGGAUAAGUUGUGUUUGUCUUUGUAUGAAACAGUGACAGGAUGUAAAGAGAUGCCGUAUCACUGGUAUACAGACGAGAGCUUUGCACUCUGCUUCAUGUGUCUCCUUCUCAUCCUCCCUCUCUCCAUCCCAAAAGAGAUCAGCAUCCAGAAAUACACCAGUGUUCUGGGUACGCUGGCUGCCAGCUACCUGUGCGUGGCCAUUAUAGUGAAGUAUUACAUCAAAGAGGAGCAUAGAGUUGACCUAAUUCCAGAACACACUGAUGGCACACACUCCUGGGCCUCCAUGUUCAGCGUGGUCCCUACCAUUUGUUUCGGCUUCCAGUGCCAUGAAGCCUGCAUAGCCAUUUAUAGCAGCAUGGAGAACAAAAAGCUCACUCACUGGAUCUUCAUCUCAGUGGUCUCCAUGAUCUUUUGUCUGAUUAUCUACACUCUGACUGGAGUGUUUGGCUUUCUUACAUUUGGGCGAGAAGUGGCUUCAGAUAUUCUGGUGUCAUAUCCUGGAAAUGAUGUGGUCAUGAUCAUUGCAAGGCUGCUGUUUGGGAUCUCAAUCAUCACUAUCUAUCCCAUAAUACUCCUUCUGGGCAGGUCUGUUAUUCUGGCAUUAAUGCUUCGUUACCGAGAACGGCAUGCCAUGGUUACUGCAAUGUUUGAGAGUCGGUGUCGUUGGCUUCUGACUGUCCUAUGGAUUACUGUAACGCUCCUCGUCGCCAUUUAUGCGCCAGACAUGAGUGAUGUUAUCAGCGUGAUUGGAGGAAUCAGUGCUUUUUUUAUCUUCAUUUUUCCUGGACUGUGUCUCAUAUUUGCCAUGCAGACAGAAUCAGUGGAUCACAAAAAAAAGAUGCUCUUGACAGGUUGGGGAGUGGUUACUGUUGUUGCUGGAGCCUUCAUAUUUGGCCAGAGCACUACCACUGCAGUCAUGGAGCUAACACAUAAAUUCUAAUAAUAUUUAUCAUCACCAAAAGAACACUUUAAUAUUAGUUACUGAAAUGAUUGUUGAGUACUAAAGUGAAGCAGGGGCUGAUGGGAAGGUUUAUACUGACCUCAUCGUGUUAGGUGUCACCUUGCUCUUCACCUGCUGCCAGAGAGAAGACAUGCUUCUGGUCCAAAAAAGCAGCAGCCCAGUUAAUAAUGAGAUAAUGUUCUGGGCCAAUCACAGAGAAGUAAAUAUCACAUUUCACUGAAUUACCUUUCCAACAGACAUAAAAUGUAUCUACAUUAGGAUUAUAAAUUGUGUGUUUUAGAGAGCUGAAGUUUAAUAGGCACUCAGAGGAUAAGAUAAUAUCCAAACAACAUUUUAACUUAGUGACUGGGGCUCUUUUUGAUGUGAUAAAUAAUUGGAGUUUUAAUUGCUUUCAUGUGUUUUCAAAGUGACCAAAGAAGAGACCAAUCCUAAGCCAAUAUGUGCAGUGAUUUUGAGAAUUAGACUUAAUUUUCUUUCUUUAUAAUAAAUGGUUUGCUUAGAGUGGUAAAGCCCAAGGACUGUUCCACAUGUUAAUGAGCCGAUGAAAUAGAAGUCUUGCCAAAAUGUCACUCUUCUUAAUUUAUGUAAUUAUUUAUUAUGUCAUAGAUAUAUGCUUAA